UGUAUCCGCCUCCAGAGAAAAAAAAAAACAAUUGGCAUAAACACUCUCAAAGACAAGUAAUCAAAAGCUUUUUAGAAGCUCUAUCAUGGCGACGUCAGGCACAUACGUGACAGAAGUUCCUCUGAAAGGGUCGGCGAAGAACCACUACAAGAGGUGGAAGAGCGAAAACCAACUCUUCCCGGAAGCCAUUGGCCAUCACAUCCAAGGUGUCACCGUUCACGAGGGUGACUGGGACUCCCACGGGGCCAUUAAGUCGUGGAACUACACAUGCGAUGGGAAGCAAGAGGUGUUCAAGGAGAAGAGGGAGUUAGACGACGAGAAGAUGGCUGUGACGUUUAGAGGGCUGGAUGGUCACGUGAUGGAGCAGCUUAAGUUGUAUGAUUGCAUCUUCCAGUUCAUUCCCAAGUCUCGGGAAGGUUGCGUCUGCAAAGUCACUAUGAUUUGGGAGAAGCGCUACGAAGACUCUCCGGAGCCAAUCAAGUACAUGAAGUUCGUCACGAGCUUGGCUGCUGAUAUGGACGACCACAUUCUCAAGAACCAGAACAAGGCGUAAUCAUCAUAGUGAUCAUCUUUAAGAAGAUAAAAUAAAUAAAAAGCAUCUAU